AUGCGAAAAAGCAUCCAUCGAGCUCAUCCUGUGGAUAAGAAGCGACAGAUCUUCACUAUCUAUCUAUCUAUCUAUCACAGUCUACUCAUAUCUAUCUAUCUAUCUAUCUAUCUAUCUAUCUAUCUAUCUAUCUAUCUAUCUAUCUAUCUAUCUAUCUAUCUCAGUCUACUCAUAUCUAUUUAUCGCAGUCUACACAUAUCUAUCUAUCUAUCUAUCUAUCUCAGGUUACUCAUAUCUAUCUAUCUAUCUAUCUAUCUAUCUCAGAAUCAUAUCUAUCUAUCUAUCUAUCUAUCUAUCUAUCUAUCUAUCUAUCUCAGUCUACUCAUAUUUAUUUAUCGCAGUCUACUCAUAUCUAUCUAUCUAUCUAUCUAUCUCAAGCUACUCAUAUCUAUCUAUCUAUCUAUCUAUCUAUCUAUCUAUCUCACGGACAGUGAGAGAUCAAGCAGUCGCAAAUCUAUCUAUCUAUCUAUCUAUCUAUCUAUCUAUCUAUCUAUCUAUCUAUCUGUUUGUCUCUCUGCCUAUUUAUUUAUCUUAAUAAAUAAUAUCAGUCCCCAACCACUCGCUCUCUAUAUUCCUACUUUACUUCAUUCCCUCUCUCUCUUUCUCCCUAUCUAUCUAUCUAUCUAUCUAUCUAUCUAUCUAUCUAUCUAUGCCGAAUUUAUGAAAAUUUGCAAUAAAUAUGCCACCGAGAUCGUCAUCUCUCUCUCUCUCUCUCUCUCUCUCUCUCUCUCUCUUCAUUUUCUCCUACCCACGUGGUAG